CCCGCCAAGACAGAGGUGACAGACGUACACACCUGACCUCUCUUAUUAUCUCUGUGGGAAUGGAGCGUGCAGAUAAUUUAUACAUUUCUGCACUACGCUGGCUAGAUGCCUCAGGUGGACUGGAUAGGUUGAGGUCCGCACUGGUAGCCCGGGCAGCCCUCUGCCCAGCUCUCAAAGUCUUCAGUACACCUGUCUACGUUAAUGUCAUGUACCUGCGAGAAAUAAGUGAGGAGCUAGCUGACUUGGUGAUGAGUCGACCAGUGGAGGCUCAACAAAUAUUCCACCGUGUGGUUCAUGUAGCCUCUGUGGCUAUCAGCCUUCAGGUUAACUCCUCUUCCAAUAAUAUGUUGGAAGCGUCUGUCACCACCCAGAAUGACACAUGCCCCGAUGAUGACCACGGUGCCCAGCACAACCACUGUGCCAAGAACUACCAUUGUGCCCAAGACGACCACUGUCCUCCAGCACCAGCCACUGACAUCCCCGACACUGAGCACCUCACCUCUCUCUACCUGGAGAACCAAGACAAGUGUCAGAAGGUCGCUACCAUGCUAGGCGCCGUCACUAAGGAACUGAGUAAAGUGGAUCUGAACGCUACUCUUCAGUCGUUAGCGUCCAACCUGCCGCUGGAUGCCUCAGUGUCUGGAGACGCUACCACCAUCCUCACACCUGCACAAAUCCACGCGCCUCUCCGUGUGGUUGGUAUACCGUGGGUGAAGGAGUGGGUGUUGGGCGGGAUCAAAGACUUACCACUAUACCUGCAGCAGCCCACGCUUGCUCUAGUCUCCGGGAGGGUCAUCUCCGUCAUGCUGCCAACAACCUACACUGUGUGGGCACGGUACAUGUGUAGCAGUGGAGGGUGUGUGGGCACGGCCAGGGACUUACACGUGAGGGUGUUCGCUGUGGGGCGACCAGAAGCUGACACCAUCCAUCAGCAUCCUGUCUGCAGAGUUUGUGGAUCACCACUGGUGGAGGAUCCAUCAUCUCGGGAGCUGAGUGAGAAGACCAGAGUGAUGGUACUUAGCGAUGCUCAAGCUUCUGCUCUCACCAAAGACGUUCACAUUCGUGUACCUGCUCUUAACCUUGUCCUCAGAGACGAGAUGUUGCAAGGGAUAGUACCUGGUCAGCAGGUGUUAGCGACGGUGAUGAUCGUGCCUCAGCAGCUGCCACUGCUGCCUUCCCUGGAAGCUGUCACCCUACACCCACCACCACCUCUCAGACCACCCUCCUCACUUCCGCCCAUCUUCAGGUCAGUCAACUCUGCCACCUAUACUGGCUUACCGAAUGUCUGUAAAUGUAAUAAAAAACACAAUAAAGCUUCAAUUAAAACUCCAUCUUUCCAUUACUCGGAUCAGUCAUAAUUACCUUCCGUUUUCCAGGUGCUGUGUGACCUUUAUGGCUUGAGAGCUUCUCCAUUCUAUUACUACUACUACAACUACUAGUAAUAAUAAUAAUUUUCCUUUCUUUUUGCUGAACGUUUAAUUUUGUGGCUCAUACAGUGGACCUUUGGUCACGAACGCUUCCGAACACGAACAAAUCGGUUCACGACCGAAAAAUUAGCCAAAUUUUUACAUUUGGUCACGAACACAUAAUCGGGCGCCCAACAAACACAACCGCGCCAAUUUUCACAUUCUGCGCAAGUUUUUCGCACAUUCCACUGUAUAUUAUUAAAUGUCAGCCAGUUUUGUAAAAAAUUACUGCGUUAUGUGGCAGUAAAGCAUUUUAUCUAGAUAUUCCUUGAGAACUGUAGAGAAGCUCAGUCAUCCAUAAGCUCUAGACUUGGCAUAACCCCAGUACUUAACAUAACCCCAGCACUCAACUUAACCCCCAACAGUUAACAUAAUCCUCAACACUUAAAAUUACCCCUAACACAAUCC